GCUCCGAUGACCGCGAGUUGAAGCCCACCUGACUGGAAUUCUCGCUGUUCUUGAUAUCCCCGCCACAGGUUCUGGCAGCGACAUAACUAUCACAUUCACCUUACAUAUGGCUACAGCGAGCGCCGUCGUGAAGGUGCGGUAACUGUCGGAACACACCACUUUCGCCGUUCACCUCAUCAUGGAGCUAGUGCAGAAAGAGCACGACCGGCUCUCACGGAAAAUCACGGCCGCUCAAGGCCUGAAGUCGGUGCAGUCAACCAUAGACUUGCUUCAGUCAGCACGAAAUGCAAUUGCUGCAGAUCCAAGUCAAGCUGCUAUCACGCUCGCCAAACUCCAGAACCCCGUCAAAUCCUCGUUUGAUUCCAUCAAUGAUAGCCUCAAAGAAACACACAGCGGUCUCAAUAAAUACUCCAAAUCAUUAGAUAAGCUUUUCAAAGACAGGCCUUUGCCAAGCACCGAACAUGAUGUCCUUUCGUCCCAAGAACACUAUAUCAACAGAGCUAUCGCCAUGCACCUUCUACGGGAAGGACAGUUUUCCGUCGCGGCGACUUUCUUGUCCGAGAUGGCAGAGAAGAAGGCGAUAAAGAAGCAGCAGGAGGCAGGUCUAAGCGCUACGGAUAGUGCGGCUUCGCUCUUGGAUCUCGACGAAGUUCCUUCUGGCGAGGUGCGGAAGCAGUUUGCCACCAUGUACUAUAUCCUCCACGAGCUCAAAGAAAACAACAACCUGCUGCCAGCGAUACAGUGGUCAAGGGACAACAAGGAGGCCUUGGAAGCGAGAGGUAGUAAUUUGGAAUUCGAACUGUGCAGGCUGCAGUUCGUCUGGCUUUUCCAUGGUGGGCAGCAUCAGCAAGGACCGAGUCAUGGAGGGCGGCAGGCAGCUUUGGAGUACGCCAGGAGGGAGUUUCAUUCAUUCCUGCCCAGAUACCUACGUGAGGUCCAGCAGCUAUUGGGUGCAAUGGCCUUUUGCCCCAAUCUGCAAGACUCUCCGUACAAGAAUAUCUUCAACAACCCAUCGGCCUGGGCCGAUGUGGCACACUCAUUCACACGAGAGUUUUGUUCGCUCCUUGGGCUGUCUGCGGACUCGCCCUUGUAUGUAGCUGCUACCGCUGGCGCGAUAGCGCUGCCCACAUUACUGAAGCUGCAAACGAUCAUGAAAGCCAAACGGACUGAGUGGACCACAGAGAAUGAGCUGCCGGUCGAAAUCCCGCUACCGCCGUCGUACCUCUUCCACUCCAUCUUUGUCUGCCCUGUGUCAAAGGAGCAGACCACUGAUGAGAACCCACCGAUGAUGAUGCCCUGCGGGCAUGUCAUCGCCGAGGAGUCACUCAAACGGCUGUGCAAGGGUAGCAGGUUCAAGUGCCCUUAUUGCCCCAGCGAGAGCCACCCCCGGGAGGCGCGCAAGGUAUUUCUUUAGUUUGACCGAUACAAGUGCAGGCACAUCUCCACACAACAAUGGGAAUCGGAUACACAAUUUGCAGACGGGUGUUAUGGUACAGGCGCAAUUGGACGGGGCAGGCACGGCUCUGGGUCGCACAUGGUUGUACAUAUAAGCAACUUUGAUUGUAUUUUUCUCCAACAUAAUCAUAUUUGC